UCUUCACUCCUCAUCUCUCUCUCUCUUUCUAUAUAUAUAUAUAUACACGCACACACACCCACACACCAAAUACACAUAUUUUAAAGUCUCCAACGGUACGAGGAGCGAGAUAUUAUUUCAAGAUAAAUACUCAUAUGUACGAUCGUACUGUGUUGACUCAUUUUUCCAAUCAAAUAUAUUCAUCGUUUAUAACUUCUUCUCGUUCCCGUUUGGGGAAAAAUGGCUGGUAAAGAGCGGCCGUUGGUGGCGACUCCUACAUGGGCCGUGGCCGUCCUUUUCUUCAUUUUGAUCGCUAUAUCGAUACUCAUCGAGCAACUCAUUCAUCAUAUUGGAUCCUGGUUGAAGAAAAAGAGAAAGCCAUCGCUAUUUGAAGCAUUGGAUAAGAUUAAAGCAGAGUUGAUGCUGCUGGGAUUCAUCUCACUACUGCUGACAGUAACGCAAGACUAUAUCGCUGAAAUUUGUGUUCCGAGAAGCGUGGGUCAUUCUUGGCAUCCUUGUAGAAAUUACGAAGGCGAUAAUGACGACUACGAUGAUCCAUGCUUGAUAAAGGGGCAAGUACAAUUUGUUUCAGCAUAUGGGAUACACCAGCUCCAUAUCUUCAUUUUUGUAUUGGCUGUUGCUCAUAUCCUCUACUGUGUUAUCACUUAUGGCUUGGGAAGGCUAAAGAUGAGGAAAUGGAAAUCAUGGGAGAAUGAAACAAAGACAAUUCAGUACCAAUACUACAAUGACCCAGAGAGAUUCAGAUUUGCAAGGGACACGUCGUUUGGACGCAGGCAUUUGCAUUUCUGGAGCAAGUCACCUCUUCUCCUCUGGAUAGUGUGUUUCUUCAGGCAAUUCUUGACAUCAGUUGCAAAAGUGGACUACCUGACACUCAGACAUGGCUUUAUAACAGCACAUUUAACACCUCAUAGCCAAGAAUCAUUCGAUUUCCACAAGUAUAUCAGCAGAUCACUUGAGGAGGAUUUCAAAGUCGUCGUCGGUAUAAGUCCUGCGAUAUGGCUCUGUGCUGUUCUGAUUCUCCUCACCAACACCAACGGGUGGUAUUCGCACUUUUGGCUACCCUUCAUCCCUUUAAUUAUAAUUCUGUUGGUAGGAGCGAAACUGCAAGUUAUCAUAACAAAAAUGGGGAUAAGAAUUCUUGAGAGGGGAGAUGUGAUAAAGGGGACCCCAGUGGUUCAACCGGGUGAUGACCUUUUCUGGUUCAACCGGCCCGGUCUGAUUCUUUUCUUGAUUCACUUAGUUCUUUUUCAGAAUGCAUUUCAACUUGCUUUCUUUGCUUGGAGUUGGUGGAAAUUUGGAUAUCCCUCUUGCUACCAUGAGAACAUUGAAGAUUUAGUCAUACGGAUCGCAAUGGGUGUCCUGAUACAAGUCCUGUGCAGCUAUGUGACUCUUCCUCUCUAUGCCUUGGUCACUCAGAUGGGCACAAACAUGAAGCCAGUCAUAUUCAGUGACCAAGUGGCAUCAGCGUUGCGGGGGUGGCACCAGACAGCCAAGAAGCAGCUGAGACAGGGGCGGCGUUCAGCCAGCACCACCCCAUUCUCCAGUCGUCCUGCCUCCCCACUGCAUGGUAGCACGUCACCAGUCUAUCUUCUCCGUGGCCACAAAGAGUAUAGCGAUAACAAUGUUGCAUCUCCGAGGGCAUCUAACUUCAGCAAUGAAGGGUGGGGCGGGGAGGGGCGAAGAUUUUAUUAG